CAGCAGAGCAUAUCGGUACACAGUCAUCACUGCAGUUUGUGCCGAACGAGACUGUGAAGGCACUUGGUAUCGCAUGGAAGCCCGAACUAGAUGUUUUGUGCUUUGAGUCGACUGCAAUAAUGGAAACCGCCAACCUCACCAUGCGAUCCAUAUUGUCAAACAUUGCUCGAAUGUUUGAUCCACUUGGAUUGAUCGCUCCAGUCAUCAUACGCGCGAAAUUGCUAAUGCAGGAGUUGUGGCUGCAGAAAAUCGGAUGGGACGAUCCGGUCCCUGUACACAUCUGUAACAAAUGGAAAUCGGUUACUGACGACUGGAAGGAUUUGGAAAGCUUCAAAAGCGAACGGUAUGUGCUCUUACCUAACUCUAAAAUACAGUUCCAUACAUUUGCAGACGCGUCAGAAGUUGCUUAUGGUGCCUGCAUUUAUGCGCGCUGUGAGGACCAGCAGGGACGAGUACGAGUCAGCCUGCUCGCGUCGAAAUCGCGUGUAGCUCCACUAAAACGAGUUACAUUACCAAGAUUGGAGCUCUGCGCGGCCGUGUUAGGAGCACAUCUUCAUCAUCGUGUUAGACGCGCUAUGGGAAUCGACACAACCGAAUCGUUUUUCUGGUCGGAUUCGACGGUAACGCUAAACUGGAUAGCGUCUCCACCCAACACCUGGAAAACAUUCGUGGCGAAUCGUGUUGCUGAGAUCCAGAACUAUUCGCACCCUCGUCAAUGGAAACACAUUCCCGGUUCAUCGAAUCCCGCCGAUCUGGUGUCUCGAGGGAUGUCAGCAGCUGAAAUGCUAAAAGGAUCGAUUUGGAGCUGUGGUCCUGAAUGGUUGGCGCUAUCCCCCUCCAAAUGGCCAAUGUCAAAUCCAUCACUGACUGCUGAAACGGAUAUGGAAAUUCGUCAGACACGUACACUACAGUCAUCACAAGUUACCUCAGCAGCAUUACCGAUCACCCUGAGGCUAUAG